AUGAGUAGCAUGCAACUUUCUUCACUACAAAGGUCUGCACUCCUAUUAGCCCUCUUGUGUGGUGCUCUUACUCCAGCAGAAGGCUUGAGUUUCAGCUAUCCAACAUUUCGAGACAACAUAGAUGAAAAGGAUUUCAUUAAAUCCGAAUAUUCACGCAUAUAUUAUAGUGCAAUCCAGAUCACUCCUGAUCUUAGUAACCCAGCUUCCAUCGUGAAUCAAUCUGGAAGGUUUUUAUAUAAAAAGCCAUUCAAGCUGUGGGGAAAAGGCAAAGGCGGUGCUCGCAGCAGAGCAUUGUUCAAUUCUACCUUUGUACUUAACAUCACUCCCCAAACCGAUCCAGGUGGUGAAGGCUUGGCCUUUAUCUUAACCGGAAGUCCCACUCUUCCAGAGAAGAGCCAAGGAGAAUGGCUUGGAAUUGUAAAUGCAAAUUCAAAUGGAUCUGCUCAGGCUAACAUAGUGGCAGUAGAAUUCGACACAAGAAAGAGCUACUUGGAAGAUGUAGAUGACAACCAUGUGGGCUUGGAUGUAAACAGCGUUUACUCAAUUCAACAAGUUCCUUUACUUAGCUAUGGUGUUAAUCUUUCAAGCCAAACGAAUUACACAGUGACAAUUCGGUAUGACAGCCAGAACAUCACCAUCUUUGUUUCCCAGACCAAUGAAACUAGGGAGGAAAUGAAGAAUAUUCCAGUUUUGUCUCGCACUCUUGAUCUCUCUGAGUAUCUUUCGCAGAAGGUCUAUGUGGGAUUCUCAGCUUCCACAAGCAAUAGCACUCAGCUAAACUGCAUACGGUCAUGGGAUUUCCAUUCUUCACAUAUAGAUGAAAAUUCAAACCUGCUGUGGGUUUGGAUUACGGUCCCUGCAGUAUUUGUCUUGGUAACUGGAGUUUCUGCUUACUUGUUCUGGACAAGACAAGGUGAAAAGGAGGACGCACAUCUGCAGAUAGACGAAGAGAUUCAAACAAAUUCCAUGGCCCCAAAAAAAUUCAAACUCAAAGAACUUCAAAGAGCAACAGGCGGAUUUAAUCCCAAGAACAAGCUCGGAAAAGGUGGCUUUGGAACAGUCUAUAAGGGCCUCUUGGGAAACAAAGACGUAGCAGUCAAGAGAGUCUCAAAGGAUUCACGUCAAGGCAAGCAAGAAUUCAUAGCAGAAGUCACCACAAUUGGCAGACUUCGUCACAAAAAUCUGGUCAAAUUAAUUGGAUGGUGCUAUGAAAGACAUGAGCUUCUUAUCGUCUAUGAGUUCAUGCCAAAUGGAAGCCUAGACAGAUUCGUAUUCAGGGAUGACACAUUAGGGAUGGAGAAAGGGGAACCAACACUGAGCUGGGAAAGAAGGCACAGCAUAAUACUUGGGGUAGCUCAAGCACUCGAUUAUCUUCACAAUGGAUGCGAAAAGAGAGUGCUUCACCCAGACAUAAAAGCCAGCAACAUCAUGUUAGACUCAGAUUUCAUAGCCAGGCUGGGAGACUUUGGACUGGCUCGUACCAUCCAACAAAGUGGUUUAACUCACCACUCCACCAAAGAGAUUGCAGGAACACCAGGCUAUAUGGCUCCAGAAACAUUUCUUACCGGCAGGGCUACUGUCGAAACAGAUGUUUAUGCAUUUGGUGUUCUUGUGCUAGAAGUUGUCUGUGGAAGAAGGCCUAGUAAUCAAAACGAGCAGAACAACUACAACAACAGCAUAGUGUAUUGGCUGUGGGAUCUUUACAGCAGAGGAAGGAUCCUUGAUGCUGUUGACUCCAGAUUGGAUGGAGACAUUGAUGAGGAUGAUAUGGCAUGUGUUCUGGUUUUGGGGUUAUCUUGCUGCCACCCGAACCCCCAUCUGAGGCCAUCCAUGAGGACUGUCCUUAAGGUUCUUACAAGGGAAGCAGAUCCACCAGCACUGCCCACUGAAAGGCCUGCUUUUGUGUGGCCAGCCAUGCCUCCAUCAUUCAAAGAGGACGCAGAAUUUGAUCUGGCUGGAGGGCAAAUACCACCAUUCACAGAACUCACUGGAAGAUGA